AUGCAGAAAAUUAAAGCAAAAGCAUCUUCAUUACCCAUGUUUAAUGGUCGUGUAUCGGAUUCAUCCACAUCCAGUACCUCUUCGUCCGUUAUAUUAGCAACAAAUAAUAAAAAACGUGCCACAUUUAAUGGUUUCCUUAAACCCACCGUAUUUUCAAUAUCUAAUUCAGCCAAUAAUUUAACACAAAAUCGCGAAGAAACUUUAGACUCUGCCGAGGCCGAUGUGAUUAUAAUAAAUGCUGGCAGUUCAGAAAAGACCGCCCAAAGUACACAAAAGUCAUUGGGAAUAGCUGGUACUGAAUUAAGUAAUUAUGAGAAAAUUAAAGUGGUGGGUCAGGGCUCUUUUGGUAUUGCCGUACUGUAUCGCCGUAAAAAUGACAAUCAUCAAGUUGUAUUUAAGCAGAUAAAUCUAAAUGAUUUAACACCGUCGGAAAGAGAUUUGGCCAUGAAUGAGGUGGAAGUUUUUUCAAAAUUACAUCAUCCCAAUAUUAUAAGUUACUUGGGAAGUUUUAUUAAAGAUAAUACUUUAUUAAUUGAAAUGGAGUAUGCAGAUGGUGGCACCUUAGCUCAAGUUAUAGGCGAACGUAAAAUGAGAGACUACUUUCCAGAGCGUUAUGUUAUAGCAGUAUUUGAACAAAUAUCAAGUGCUAUUAAUUAUAUGCAUUCUGAAAAUAUAUUGCACAGGGACUUAAAAACCGCCAAUGUGUUUUUAAAUAAACGAGGCAUUGUGAAAAUUGGCGAUUUUGGAAUAUCGAAAAUAAUGAACACAAAAAUUCAUGCUCAGACUGUAUUGGGCACUCCUUAUUAUUUCAGUCCCGAAAUGUGCGAGGGGAAGGAAUACGAUCAUAAAAGUGAUAUAUGGGCUUUGGGCUGUAUAUUGGGUGAAAUGUGUUGUCUACGCAAAACGUUUGCGGCUACAAAUCUUUCGGAACUUGUUGGUAAAAUAAUGAGUGGUUCUUAUACACCAUUGCCCAAAGGAUAUUCUUCAGGCUUAAAAAGUUUGCUUAGUAAUUUGUUGCAGGUGGAUCCCACUCGCAGACCUAAAGCUUCAGAAAUAUUAGAAUAUUGGAUACCAUUAAUAUUUCGUAAUCUAGGCAAACAUAAAGGAUAUUCUUAUGAAGAUGAUAUGAGCUCAACAGCAAAUUCCACUGCUAGUUCGAAAGUCUUGUCUUUACAUGAUGAAGUAGCAAUACCAGAAAACAGUUCUCGUCGAUCCACGAUAGUCGAUUUAGCUACGGCACAGACUGAAACUAAGGAAAUAAUGAAAGCCGAGACAGCACAACCUAAUGAAACUGUGGAAAAGAGGUCUGUGUUAUAUCAACUCAAAUCAUUUGGAAAUAGUUUUAGUAUGAAUCCCAUACAAUUGCCCGCAAAAUCCUGUAUCUUGUGUGUGGCUACAAGCGAAACACAUUUCGUAGUGGUAAAUAAUGAUGGCUCUGUUUAUACAUGGGGUGAAGGAACACAUGGUCAAUUGGGAUUAAGUUCUUUGGAAGCAUGGAAACAUUAUCCCAGUCGUAUGGAGAGUAUACGCAAUUAUCACAUUAUAAGUGCUUGUGCCGGUGAGGGCUUUACUAUACUACUUACUCAAACAGGUUCCAUUUUAAGUUGUGGCGAUAACAGUAAAUAUGCCUUGGGCCACGUUGAUAACAAAACAUAUCAUAGUCCAAAAAUUAUUGAGAAAUUGGAAAAUGUACACAUCAAGGAAAUAAAAGCAGGCACAACACAUGUUUUAGCAUUAAGUGAAGAUGGUUGCAUUUAUACAUGGGGCACAAAUGUACAGGGAGCACUGGGCUUAGGCAGUCUACAGACGCAACAGAAAACACCACAAAAAAUACUUAUUUCUCAUGUUAAGUCCAAAGUUAGGCAUAUAUUUUGUGGGCCUGAUACUUCAGCAGUACUGUUCGAAAGUGGUGAAAUGCAUGUUUGUGGUAGUAACGAUUACAAUAAAUUGGGUUUUGAGAAAUCAUCGAAAAUAAUGGCAUUGAAAAAAUUACAAUUACCGUAUCUCAUAGUGGAAGCGAAUUUUUCAUCGACGCUUUCAAUAUUCUUGGUAGAAGGAGGUUAUGUUAUUACUAUGGGCUCAAAUGCUUCUGGCCAACGAGGAGUUGGUCAUUGCAAUACUGUCAUGGAAUCUGUAUCAUUAGUAGAGUCCAUAAAAGAUAGAUAUAUUGUAAAAUGCAAGUGUAAUGACCAGUGCUGUAUAGUUAGUUCGGAUAAUCAUGUAAUAACAUUCUGGGGUACACGUAAUGGUAUACCCGAAAUAGGAGAAGGCAGUUCAACAGAUAUUCAAGAAGCCGAAGUACAACAUCAGCCAAUGGAUUUAGAAUUGGGCAAUAACACGGCGGCAUUUACAAAUUUCUUAGCGUCUGUAUAUAAAUCGGAAUUGGUAUUAGAUCCACAGGAUAUAUUAGGACUAUAUUCCUCCCAUGAGCAAUUGGAAAAGGGUUACUACGUGGUGAUAAAUGACAUUUUCCCCUUGCCCCAUAGUGUAUUAGUAUUGGUAGAUACUACAACACCUUUAAUUGCAUCUAUAGAGGAUUUGUCAUAG